CGGGCGAAAAAGAGGGGAAGCGAGCCGCCUGUGAAAAAUUACGAGCACACGGAGCACCUUGCAUCCCUUGCAUUGAACGUGUAUCGUGUAUUCAUCAUAAGAAAUGCAAACCAUAAUAAGAAACGCCGUCUGGGCUGUGAGUCUGUUAAAUUACUGAAAUAUUGUUCGCAUAAAAAAAGAGAUAUGUUCGGUUGGGGUUGCACUAUACAUGGGGAACUAGGUUUGGGUGGCAUAGAAGAUGACAAAAUUUUAAUUCCACGUGAGCUUGAUUUUAAAAACGCUUCAGAAAUUCAGCACAUUGCAUGUGGUGAUAAUUAUACAGUAAUUAUUACACAAGAUGGUAAAGUAUAUUCGUGUGGAAACAAUGACUAUGGGCAACUUGGCCAUAAAGAAGGAAGAAAAAAAUUGGAGUUGAUACCUGGAUUAGAUGCGUUUGUAUUUAAAAAAGCAGCAUGUGGAGCUUAUCACACUUUAGCAAUAAAUGAAUGGGGUCAGUUGUUCAGUUGGGGAUUUAAUGCAGAGGGUCAACUAGGUCUAAAUUCUACAAGUUUUAUGGAAUGUUCACCACAUAUGGUAAAAACAUUAGGUACAAAUGUAGUAAUUCAAAUAGCCUGUGGUAUGAAACAUGCACUUGCUUUGACAAAUAAUGGAGAAUUAUUUAGCUGGGGCUGUAAUAGUGAAGGGCAGCUUGGUUUAGGUGAUGAAAGCCAUCAAUAUGAAAGAAAGCCUACAUUUAUUAAGGCUUUAGCUGGUAUUCCUAUUGCCUUUAUUGCCUGUGGAGGAUACCAUAGCAUAGCAAUAUCAAAAUCAGGAGCCGUGUUUGGGUGGGGAAAAAAUGCAUUUGGUCAAUUAGGCUUAAAUGACACUCAAGAUAGAAACUUACCAUGUCAGUUACAAACUCUACAAAAUGCAAAAGUGUGUUAUGCAGCAUGUGGUGAAGAGUUUUCUGUGUUCUUAACAUUAGAUGGUGGAGUAUUCACUUGUGGUGGAGGAAUGUAUGGCCAAUUAGGACAUGGUAGUAAUACAAACGAAAUUUUGCCCCGGCAAGUAAUGGAACUUAUGGGUAGUACAGUUACGCAGAUUUCGUGUGGUAGAAAGCAUACCUUGGCACUAGUUCCCUCAGGAGGUAAAGUUUAUGCAUGGGGUUUGGGUGGUGCUGGACAAUUAGGUAAUCAUUCCACUAGGAGCAUAGCCACUCCACAAGUUGUACUUGGGCCAUGGGUUGCGCCUAACAGUGCUUCAAUGAUGGAUCUUGAUAAGGAUAAUGAUUCGUCUACAGUCUCCUACGUUGUUAAACAUAUUUUUUCUGGUGGAAAUCACUGUUUUGCCACAGUUGUCAAACAAAGUGAUAAUAUACGGCCAGACGACUGUAGAAUAUUAGAAAGUUCUUCCGAAAUAUGUACGGUAACUGAAGAAAAAUUAAUGGCUUGCCAAGAAAUUCCACCAAAUUCUCCCGUCGAUCAUGAACUUAUGACAUAUUUGGAGACAGUAUUUAGAAGUGCGGCUUGUAUGACUGGAUCAUUUUUACUUAACAAUGAUGGUCGCUACAGGUGUACAAAUAAGCAUCAUGGAAUAGAUCUUGAUCAAGCGAGUAGAUUGUUCGGAAUUAUUAGAGAAAUGGAUAACAUUACAAUUCAAGAACUGAUAUUUACUGGCAUAUCAGACUAUCUGAUUCCUUCUUUUUCAUAUUUACCAUCUACGAUUUGUGCGGAACCUUUAAGACUCUAUAUAAUAUUACCAUUGUAUCAUGGGUUUGCAAAUCCUCUUAAUUGCCAUGUAUUGCAUAAACCAUUCUGCAAAGCUGUUUUACAAUUAAAAUCAGAGGUUUUCGAAGUUCUGAAAAGCUGGUGGCUUAUAGCACCGGCCCAUUACUUCGAAAGAUUAGUUAGAAUUCAUAAAUCAGUUGUUCUACAUUACGUAAAAACUAAGAAGGAUAUACCGUGGGAUGUGACGUUGGAACUUGUUUUAGAUUUCUUACAUUUACUUAAUAAAUUGAAUAAUGAAGCUGAUGAAGGCAAUAAAGUGCCUUAUUCCACGUUUAAUUUGCCAGAACUAGUGGAACUAACAGACAUAAGAGUUGAUUACAUGAUAUGGAUUACAACAGGAGAAUCCUCAAAGGUAUUCUGUAAGUAUCCUUUCCUCUUUGAUGCUCAGGCUAAAAUUAUAUUGCUUGAAAUCGACCAAGCGAUGCAGAUGCAGUUAGCAGUAGACCAGGCGGUAAAUCAAGCAACAAUGUUCUUUGAUCCGUUCCCAGGAUUCAUUUCGCAAGAAUUUGUGAUGUUAGUUGUUUCACGAGAAAACAUAGUUGCAGAUACGUUGCGGGAAUUAUCACAAUAUAAUUCUAGCGACUUGAAAAAGCCUCUUCGAGUGAAAUUUUAUGGCGAAGAAGCGGAAGACGUGGGUGGAGUUAAAAAAGAAUUUUUUAUGCUUCUAUUAAGAGAAAUUCUUGAUCCGAAGUAUGGCAUGUUCAAACAAUACGAUGAAACUAGAGUUAUUUGGUUUAGCGAAGAUUCACUUGAGGAUAAAAACAUGUAUUUUCUGAUUGGAAUACUUUGUGGACUUGUGAUUUAUAAUUUUAUUAUUAUUGACUUACCAUUCCCAUUAGCCCUAUAUAAGAAAUUAUUACAUGAACGAGUUGCAUUAACUGAUAUCAAGGACUUGUCACCAGUACUUGCGAAGAGUAUACAAAAUGUACUUGACUAUGAGGAUUCAGAUUUCGAAGAAGUUUUUGGUUUAAAUUUCGAGGUGGUCAGAGACGUAUUCGGUGAAAAAAGAAUAUAUGAACUUAUACCAGGUGGUAGUAAAGUUCCUGUUACUUUGAAAAACAAAAAGCAGUUCGUUGAUUUAUAUGUAGAUUACAUAUUAAAUAAAUCUGUAGAGCCUCACUUUCAAGAAUUUUAUAAAGGCUUUCAUAAAGUUUGCGGUGGCCGCGUGUUAGAAUUAUUCCACAGUUGUGAACUUAUGGCCGUAAUUGUGGGAAAUGAAGACUACGAUUGGGAGGAGUUAGAAAAAAAUACAGCGUACAAAGAAGGAUACACGAAAAACGAUCCGACCAUAGUUCUAUUUUGGCAAGUCUUUCGUGAACUGACAUUAGAAGAAAAGAAAAAGUUUCUGCUAUUUUUGACAGGAAGCGAUAGAAUACCUAUAAAAGGCAUGAAAGCGAUUAAGAUUACGAUACAGCCGGUGAAUGAUGAACGCAUGUUGCCCGUCGCUCAUACGUGCUUUAAUUUGCUUGAUCUCCCCAAAUAUCAAACCCAAGAACGAUUGCGGUACAAGUUACUACAGGCUAUUCAACAGACACAAGGCUUUUCAUUAGUAUAAUUUUGUUGUUUUAAAUAUACUCUUUAUUAUUUGAUCUUCAAUACGUGCAUAAUACAUUAUGGACCCUGAGAAUCAAAAUUUUCCAAUUGCAUUUAAAAAAAAGUGGUGUUUUCAGAUUCAGGGUGUUUAUACAUAUUUAAUUACAGAGUACGAUCCGGAGGAUCUAUUAUUAUUCUUACUCUGUUCUUCUAUGCUUUAUUUGAUGUACAUUAUCAAGUUCAAUAUAAGAUCUGUAUAUAUGAAAUUGUUGAACCACUAAUACACAUCGUGCAGUGGAAUAGAACUCGGUUAUACACAACGAGUGGACAAAACCUGUACACUGCAAACACUGUACAAUACACGUCUUGUUCUGGUCCAAUAUUAUUUAAACAGAAUCUUUCUAAAUUUAAGUUUCAUUAACAAUUUAUUUUAAAUAGAAUAGUAUGUAAAGUUAUUAUUGUACAUCAAAAUUCCAAACAUAAUUGAGGGAAAAUUGUUGACAACUAGAUCAUACAGUAGGCCAAUUAGCAGACCGCUCUUUUAAAAACUCCAUAUGCAUAUGUUCGAUAAAUUAUUUUGGUAUGUUAAUUUUUUUAACGUAUUAUAGACGCUUAUGAAAUACGCUCGUAUGAAAGUUUAUUUAAAUAAAA